AUGUUUGAAGUAAUGAAAAGUCUGUACGACUGUUAUAAGAAGAAAAAUUGUGAUAAUUGUAAUUGUAUAUUAUGUGGCCAUUUACCUAGAGAAGAAAGACGUUUGGGUGAGAUGCGUAAGUCAGCUUUUGGAAUAAAGGAAGUUAGUAAAAAAAAAAAAAAAGAAAGAAGAAAAACCAAAGCCAAAAAAGUUAAAGACGUAUCAUCUCUUUUAAAAGAUAAAAGUGAUGCUGAAAAAGAAAAGAUAUUAGAAGACCUCGUCCUAUCUGGGGUACCUUUACCUGAAGGGAAGACAAAAUCAGAGAAAGAACUAAUAAAAAAAGUUAAAGCCACUCGACGAUUUUCGGCAGAAGGCAUAGUACCAGAAGCAGAAGCAAUUAUGUCAAAGAAAAAAAUACCUUCUGCAAAAUUACGUAAGGCAAAAGAGGCGGGGUUAUUCACUCAUCUAGAAGGAAAAACUCCGAAACAAAAAGAAAAUAUUUUGAGAGGAUUAGCGAUGAAUGGAAUUCCUCUUCCAGCAGGUAAGACGUCAUCAGACAAAAAGCUAAUAGACAAAGUUCGUAAAGAUGUUGGACUUCCACCCGAACCACUUACUACUUCUGACAAAAAAAAAUACAAUAAUGCUUUGGAGUCUGGACUUAUAACCCCUCUGGAAGGAAAGUCUCCAUCAGAAAAUGUAAAAAUUUUAAAAGGAUUAGCUAAUUUAGGGGUUCAAUUGCCUGAAGGUCGUAGUCCAUCAGAAAAAGCUCUUGUAUCUAAAGUAAAAGCAGAAGCUCCUUUAGAAAUAGCUGAUAAACCAGAAAAGAGUAAAGUAUCAUCACGAGCAUUGAUGGCUGAAAAAGCUUUAUCAGAAAAACUCCGCAAAGCAAAAACAGAAGGAUUAUUAACACCUCUUGAAAGAAAGUCUGUCGAACAAAAACAAAAAAUUCUUAAAGAGCUUGCAAGAAAUGGCAUUCCUUUCCCAGAAAGUAAAACUGCAUCUGAUAAGAAACUGAUUGACAAAGUGAUUGAAGAGAUGGGGCUGCCGCCUCAACCAAAAACAUCUUCUGCGAAAGAAAGAUACCAAAAAGCUGUAAAAGCAGGAUUGGUGACUCCUCUUGAAGGAAAAUCAACACCAGAGAAAGAAAAAAUUUUAAAAGGUUUAGCCGACUUAGGAGUAGAAUUACCAGUUGGUCGUACGACAUCGGAAAAAUCUCUUAUAGCAAAAGUAAAAGCAAGUGCUCCCGUCACUUCAGAAGUUAGCGUCAAACCAGAAAAGGUUAAAACGAAAGUGGCAGGUCUGGUCUCACCAUUACGCGGAAAAACUCCAGAGCAAAAAGAAGAGGUCCUUAAAAAUUUAGCAAUGAAUAACGUUCCACUCCCUGAAGGUAAGACUCCAUCAGAAAAAAUAUUAAUGAAUAAAGUUCGUGCAGAUGUUGGGCUGCCACCAGAACCCAAGUCUAAAAGUGAAAAAGAGAAAUAUAAACAAGCAGAAGCUGCUGGAUUAUUUGUUCCAUUAGAAGGUAAAACACCAGCCGAAAAAGAAAAAAUUCUACAAGCUCAAGCUGAUUUUGGUCUUCCUCUUCCUGGAGGAAGAACUCCUUCUGAAAAAUCUUUAAUAAAAAAAAUCAAACAGAGUGAAAAAAAAAAGAUUAAAUCUCGAGAAAAGGGCGUUGGUCCACCAGCGUUACCUCUUGAAAAAAGAAAAAAACUGGACAAUAAAACAUUAAAAGUAAUGAAAGAAGGUAAAGGUCCCAGUGAUGAGUGUAUAUGUGGUUUAUUAACACCAGAAGAACAAGGAAUAUCUAGAGUGUCCAAAAUUUCACCGCCACUUAAAAUACCAUCUAGUAAACUUAAAUCUACCAAGGCGGCUGGUCUCUUAACGCCAUUAGAAAGUAAAUCAACAGCACAAAAAGAACAAAUUUUAAAAGGUUUGGUUAAGCGAGGGAUACCUCUACCUCAACCAAAAACAGCAUCUGAAAAAAAAAUUAUGCAAAAAAUUCAAAAUGAUUUAGGAUUACCUCCAAUACCACAAACACCUUCAUUAAAAGAGAAGUACGCCAAAGCUCAGGCAGCUGGUAUUAUAACACCGUUAGAGGGUAAAACUCCAUCACAAAAGCAAAAGAUACUUAAUAAGCAAGCUCAAAUGGGAAUAGAUUUACCUGCAGCGCGUACUGCUUCAGAAAAGGAACUAAUUAAUAAAAUUCGAGCUGGUAUUAAACCAUCAGAUAUAAUUUCAGAAAAAGUUCGGAAAAUUAGCUUAGAAGGUAAAACUCCAGAAGAGAAAGAAAAAAUUCUAAGAAAUUUAGCAAAAGCAGGUUUGUCAUUACCGGAAGGAAAAACACCAUCAGAAAAACAAUUAAUAAAAAAAGUAAAAGAAGAUGUAGCUUUGCAAGUGAAAUCUCCAGAAGUUUCUGAAAAACUUCGUAAAGCCAAAGCUGCUGGUCUUCUUACGCCAUUAGGGGGCAAAACUCCUGCACAGAAAGAAGAAAUAAUUAGAAGGCAAUUAGCUGCAGGGCUUCCUUUACCAGAACCAAAAUCCCCCUCAGAAAAAAAUUUUAUGAAAGAUGUAAUCGCAAAAUCUUCAAAACUUUUACAUGGAAAAACACCAUCUCAAAAAGAAAAAAAUUUAAGAAAUAUUGCUAAACAAGGUUUGCCUCUACCAGAAUCAAAAACACCAUCAGACAAAGCUAUUACAGAAAAAGUUCGAGCAGCAAUAGGGGUUUCUCCUGAAAUGGCAGCUCCAUUACCAAAAUUUAGUGAAGUCACUAAAGAAACUUUCAAAGGGAAGGUGCCUUCUGAGAAGUUAAGAGAAGCCAAAGCUAAAGGAAUUCUUACCCCUUUGGAAGGUAAAACUCCAGCUCAAAGAGAAAAAAUUUUAAGGGGACUAGCAAAAAGUGGACUACCUUUACCUGAAGGUAAAACACCUUCAGAUAAAGCAUUGAUACAUAAAAUUCAAGCUGAGAAAGGCAUAAUACCAACACGACCUUCGACUCCUCCACGACCUUCACUACCCCCAGAUAAAUUAAAAAAAUUAGAUAAAAGUACGGCUAAAGGCAUGAAAGAUAGCAAAGGUCCUAGUCAUGAAUGUAUUUGCGAUUUAUUAUGGCCUGACUCUGAAAGAGAAAAAAUCAGUAUACCAGCUCCUAAAAAGCUUUCGCAAAAAAUUUCAUCAGAAAAACUUCGUAAAACUAAAGCAGCAGGACUUCUUACACCACUGGAAGGGAAAACCCCAGAACAAAAAGAAAAAAUACUUAAGGGAUUAGCUAUGCAAAAAAUACCACUUCCUGAACCAAAAACUGCAUCUGAAAAAAGAAUACACGAUAAGGUACGCACAGAUCUUGGUUUGACACCCCGACCAAAAACACCUUCAGCAAAAGAAAAUUAUAAUAAAGCCAUCGCUGCUGGUCUAAUAACUCCUUUAGAAGGAAAAUCAGCUGUACAAAAAGAAAAACUAUUAAAAGCCCAAGCUGAGUUAGGUCUUCCUCUUCCGGAAGGUCGAACACCAUCAGAAAAAGCGCUUAUAGCUAAAGUCAAAGCAUCAGUUCUGAAGUCAGUAGAAAAACAGUUACCACCGGAAAAAAUACAGAAACUUAAAGCUGCCGGAAUCCUUACACCAUUAGAAAGAAAAACACCCGAACAAAAAGAAAAAAUACUGAAAGAUAUGGCCUUACACGGAGUUCCUCUUCCAGAGGGAAAAACUGCAUCUGAAAAAAAAAUUAUCGAUAAUAUCCGUGCUACUGUCGGCUUACCUCCAGAGCCAAAAACGUCAUUUGAAAAAGUUAAAUAUAAAAAAGCUAUUGCGGCUGGGCUUAUAACUCCACUUCAAGGAAAGUCGGAAACACAGAAAGAAAAAAUUCUUCGUGGUCAAAAGGAAAUUGGCCUUAAGUUACCUGAACCUAGAACACCAUCUGAAAAAGCUCUGAUUCAAAAAAUUAAAGAAACAGUAUCUUCAUUAAAAGGUGUGCCAUCAGAAAAAAUACGAAAAUUUAAGGCCCCAGAACCUGUUACUCUGGAAAAACAAAACGAAAAAAUUCUAAAAGAUUUAGCUUUAAAAGGUAUACCGCUACCAGAACCUAAAACUAGUUCUGAGAAAAAGUUAAUAAAUAAAGUACGAGCUGAAGUCGGAUUACCUCCAAUUCCAAAAACGGCAUCACUACAGGAAAAAUAUGAUAAAGCAAAGGCUGAAGGACUAAUUACUCCAUUGCAUGGAAAAUCUGAGGCUCAGAAAGAAAAAAUUUUACGUGGUCAAGCUCAAAUGGGUCUACCUUUACUUGAAGGUAGAACUGCCUCGGAAAAAGCCCUCAUUGCCAAAAUUAAAACUAUAUCCGCUGCGGAGGUACCAAAAUUAGCAAAAUCGAUUGAGAAAGUCAGCCGCCCAGCUAUGCCUCCUGGGAAAGUAGCAAAAUUAGAUAAGAAAACAGCAAAAGUUUUGAAAGAAGGAAAAGGUCCUAGUGAUAAAUGCAUUUGUGGUAUAUUGACACCUGAAACUGAAAAAGUACCCGUGGAUGCUCGUCCUAUUAAAGUUUCUAAAGAAGCAGAAAUGUUAAAAGUCCCGUCAAAAAAAAUACGUAAAGCAAAAGCCGCAGGACUGAUGACACCGUUAAAAGGAAAAACUCCAGAACAAAAAGAAAAGAUCUUGAAGGAACUAGCUCUGCGAGGAAUUCCGCUACCUGAAGCAAAAACAGCAUCAGAAAAGAAACUAAUAGACAAAGUUCGCAAUGAAGUUGGUUUGCCACCGGAACCAAAAACUCCAUCAAUGAAAUUAAAAUAUAAUAAGGCCAUAGCAGAUGAUGUUAUAGUUCCAUUAGAAGGAAAGACAAAUACUGAAAAAGAAAAAAAAUUGCUAAAGCAAGCUGCAUUAGGGUUACCGUUACCUGUUGGAAGAACGGCAUCUGAAAAAGCUAUUAUAGCUAAAAUAAAACAAGCUAUUCCAUCGGAAAAAAUAAAAAAAGCAAAGACUGCAGGAUUGUUAACACCCUUAGAAGGUAAAACACCGGAAAAGAAAGAAAAAAUUCUUAAAGGUUUAGUGGAAGCUGGUCUACCACUACCAGAGGGAAAGACGCCGUCUGAGAAGGUUUUAAUUCAAAAAGUUAAGACAAAAGCUGGAGUUACACCAGAACGAGCAAUUUCUGAGAAGGGUACAAUAAAGACAAAGUCAAAAAGGGUUGGUGCUCCUGGUGUUCGCCGUAGUGUAAGAGGAGUAGAAAAAAUAAAAUCAAAAGGUGGUAUCGUCGAAGAAUUUCAAGAUAUUAUUAAAACUACAACAUGCGAUCGGGGUUGUGGUUGUGACAAAAAGAAAAUAAGGUUUAAGCACAGUUAUAUAAAAAUUAGAGUUACUUCUCCUGACAUAUCUUCUUUAUGUCCUUGCCCUGAAGAAUGCGUACCAGGAGUAAAUGGAGGAGUUUUUACUGAUAAUGAAGAUGUUCAUCAAAAGGGUUUCAAAAUAUGUAAACGAAAAAAUCCGCGACACGUUGUUAAAACAGAUAGUAGUCGCAUAUUACCGAAAACUCAUAAAGUUAAGAAAAGUCACACAACCCAAUUAAAUCAAGAAAAUAAUGAUUAUCGACCAAACAGUGGUUCGAAUAAACUUAAGAUAAUAAGUACAGAUACUACAGAGGAUAAACCUUGCUGCUGUAAUGUAGUUAAUGCUAAAAAUGUUGAAAACAACAAAAUGACACAACGAAUAGACAACGUUGUCUCCGAGUUCGUGACACCCAUGAUUCUCGAUGAAGUAGUUGCGCAAGGUUUAAUUAAUAACUCUUAUAUAUUAGAUUUGCCACUUGCUAAUGCUAUACGACCAUCUCACUUACCAAUACACCAAUCCAAUCGUUGUAAGACGACACCAGUUCGUUUGUGUAAAAUACCAUCGUGCAGUGGAAAUCAAUCUUGCCAUGCAAACAAGUCGCCGAAUAUUAAAAGUCUAGCACAACCCCAUAUUAUUCUGAACCCCAAUUUAUACAAGAGUUGCGAUUGCAGUCCCAUAAAACUGAAGGAAAUGUUUGAAAAAAAUACGAUACAAUUAAUAUCAAAAGCUUGUGGGAAUUCAGAAGAAUUAUUUCGUAGAAAGCACGUUAAACUAGAUCAUGAACGAAUCCGAAAACCUUAUGUAAUUACAACUCGAGACAAUAAAUGUAAUUCAUGUAGUUCUUCAAAAUCGAAUUUACAAUCUUGUAUAAGCAGUGACAAAGAUAAAAAACACUUAUGCCCGUGCGAACAACACCAUAAAAUAUCAAAUUUAGAUAACUAUAGUACAGAACUCAAUUAUAAAACUGAGGACUCUAAUUUAAAAAAUAAAUGCCAGUGUAAAGAUCAGACACGACUGAAGAAUAAAAAAAAUAUAAUUUGUGAAUGUCCCGAAGAACCUGAACCCGAAAUUGAAAUCGAUGAAAAUGAAUGGCUUGAUGACAAACAAUUGAGAAAGAUUCAAUCAGACUUAACUCAGACUACUUCCGGUUUCAAAAUAAAAAUUGCAAAAAAUAAUUCUGACUCAGAAUUAAGUUUUGAGGAAGCUUUAAGGUACUUUGCGGAAAAUCUGGACAAUGAUAAAAUAAAUGAAGAAAUUUGUGAUUGUAAUGGCAAAUUGAAAAAACCUAAGAAUGUGAGAUGCGAGUGUCCAUACGAACCAUAUGAUAUUCCAAAUGAAGAGGAGACAUCUACAAUAGAGGAACCAUUUACAGUCUUAAUGGGGCGCCGCACAUACAACCCGCAAGAUAUACACCCAAGUGGGCCACCUCCCUGUGUGUCUCUUGGUUUCGCGCCCGGC